AUGAGAGACGGUUUCUCCGUUUUCUUAUUAAUCAAUUUUUGAAGAAAGAGGCUAGUUAUUUGAGUUUUGUCAGGUAAAAGUAUGAUUCAUAGCACUCGAAAUGUUCUUUCGUCUUCGCUUCGUUUACAAGCAAACACGGCGACUACAUUUCCCACAGUUCUAGAGACGCUGUUACCAUGGAGGCGUGGAUAGCUUAGAUAGUUCUGAGGUUGGGUUGGCUGUAGCAACAAUAUACAGUAAUACUGUCUAUGGUAGCAACAACAAUAAUGUUUAGGAAAUUACUUUCUACCAUGCUUGUUUUGUUAUAGCAAUUGGUAGCUAUAUAAACUUGUAUAUGCGUCUGUUAGUGAAAUAAUGUGUGCUAAGUUAUAUAUUGUGUAUAUGUAUGUGUUGCGUUCUGCCCGCAGUGGUUUGGCGCUGCUAAUGCGCGCGAGUUUUCAAAGUGGGCGAGUCUGCGGCACUUAAAAAGAGGACGUCCAACCGGCUAACCGGAGUUAGCCUCACAUUCUGCUAGGCCAGAUUACACGCAAACUGGCACUAAACGUUGAAUCGGCUAAGGAAUCUAAUGUUACACCGUUGAUCAAACGUAUUCGGUGGAGGUUUUUCAAAGCAUGACCAGGUCGUUUUUAUUUUAUUGCCUGGGUCGUUGUUGCUAAGGCAAGCUAAAAUGGACAAAUUAACGCUACUUGCUAAGCUAGCAUCUCUGCUUUGUAAUGUAAACAGUCGUGUGGUUAGCAGUUAAUAACGUCUCUUAAAUAAAGGAAUACGCAUCUCAUCAAAAGACACGUCUGUCCGUCUGUCCCAUUUCUGCCAACAGAGCACCCUACAGGCUCUGCAUCAUGUCUAUUGAUUUUGACAGUGCUGCUCUUCAAACCCAGCAUGAUGAAGAAGAAUACGACCAGGAGGACUAUGCAAGAGAGCAAGAGCUGCACAAAUUGCUCACCGAUCUGCCCGAUGACAUGCUGGAGGACAGCAGAGACUCCUCCUCCCCAGAGCUAGAGUACUCUCCUUGCAGCAAUAAAAACACUGGCAACAGCCCACAGUCCACAUGGACUCAGCAAUGGUCAGAUCAUCCAAGGCCAACUACUCAUGAACAGUCUGGAGCAUUGGACAGAGUGGAUCAGCACAAGGCCAGCUACAAUCCUCACCAUCCUGCCCAUCAGCCAAAGAUGUUUAACUCACAGGCCGUCCACCAAGAAGGUCAAUUUGAACAUCUACAAAGAGAAUUCCUUGACUCGACACAACAAACUGCUGAUCGAGAGCAGCUUGCCCAGCUGCAGAUUUUACACAAAGCUCAGCAGAGGCAAAUCGAAGACUUGGAGCAAAAACUGGAGGAUUCAAGGCGUAAUAUGAGAUAUAUUGAGCAUCAGUUUGCAAUUGCCAAAGAUGAAAAGGAGGGCCUAGCAGUAAGCCUAAAGGAAUCAAGUCAAUUGGUUGAAGAGUCCAAGGAGAGAGAGUUUCAAAUGUUAAACAAAGUGAAGGCAAUGGAGCAGCAAGUACAGGCCCUUACUGCAAGAGACCAUGAGAACAUGAAGAAGCAGAGGUUGGCAGAGGCUGCAGUGGACAGCAUGAAGCAGCAGAUGUUGGAGCUUUGUCGCUCUGACACUCUGUCCAAAACGCGGCAGCAGCAUGACCGAGACCUUACCGUCAUGAAGGAGCAGCAUGAGGCUGCACUGUUGACACUAGAGCAGAAGCUAGACUCUACCUCUGAGGCUCUGAACGAACAGGUUGAUGUUGGUCAGAGGUUACGGGAGCAGGUGAAGCAGCUGGAGCGCCAGAGAGAAGAAGAGCAACUGGAGAGAGCCCAAGUCGUCAACACCCUCAGUCAGCGUCUGGAGGAGAGUCAACAACAAUGUGCCAAGCUGCUGCAGACAAGUUCAGUGCAGGAAAUGAGUCAGAUACAAAUCAAACUACAACAGGCUCAAUCAGCCAAGGCACUAAGCGAAAACAUGAACAAAGUCUUACAGGAGGAUCUGGCUGAGUUGAAGGAACAGAUCACUCUGUAUGAAUCUGCUGUGAAACACAGUGUUAUUGCAUUAGAUCUGGACAGUGACUGGGAGAACCAUCUGUCUGAAUCCUGUGUGGAUUUAGGAUUAAAGAAAACAAACAGGAAAAAUGGCUUGCUUCACAGUGCUGCCCUGGCUCACCUGUCGGACUCCAAGCUGCCCAAAGAUGAAGCUUUGCGGGUGCUGCGAGUGGAGAUGCAGCGCUGCCUGGGUAGUCUGAAGGGGAAACGUCAGAAGAUCAGUCAGCUGCAAGAGGAGCUCCAGCUCUGUCAGGGUCGAGUGGCCGAGCUGCAGACCCAGUUAGAUGAAGCCAAGCUCUGUUCUUCGGUCAGAGAGACCAAUCGGAUGAAACAUCCAGACGUAACUGGAGCGUCUCAGAAAGAGUUCACGAGACUACAGGAAGACCAACGACACUUGCAGGAACAAGUGGAGCUGUUAGAAAAGAAGAAUAAGGAGCUGAAACAGAGUGAGGAGAAGGUGAGGUCUGCCAACUUGGAGCUUUGCACCAAGAUGAGGCAGAUGAUCCAGGAACUGGACCAAGAGAAGCAGGAGGCUACUGAGAGAGCUGAGCGGAUUCAUCAGCAGUAUAGGGACGACGUGGUGGACCGGGUCAGAACCGAGAUCAUGCUGGAAUACGAUGCUCAGGUUGAACAGCUGACUGCACAGCACCAGCAGCAGGUCCAACAGUUACAGACCCAGUUGUCUGAGGCUAAUGAUAAGAUGUUGGCCGUGCAAGAGUGUUACCUAUCUGUCUGCAAGGAGAAGGACAUGCUUGAGAAGGAGGAGACUUUGAUCAGAGUAAAUGAGCAAAAGAUGAAAGAAGAGAGUGGUACAGCUGUGGAGAAGCUGAGAGCUGAGCUUGAGGCUCAGCAUCAGGCUGCAAUAAACAAGCUCAAAGCUCUCUGGUCCAAAGAAAAGGAGACUGAGAUCCAGCAACAGGUGAACUCUCACGUAGCCUUGGCCAAGGCUGCUUGGAAGGAGGAACUACAAAAGAUGGAGAAGACCUGGGUCCAGAGGCUGGAGGAGGCCAGGAGAGAGAAACACAGAGAGACUGCUGAGGCAACCUGUCAGGCAGAUGAGAUUGAGGCCAGCAGCAUGACAAUUACUGUUGAAGAAUUGGACUGCAGGCUGAGUACCCAGAAACUGCAGCUGCAACUGGAGGCUGACAAAGUCAAACGCAAAGCUGUGGAGGAAGCCAGGAAGCAAGCCCAGAGAGAGCUGCACAAGAAACAUCUGGAGGACAUGGCCAAACAGGUUGAAGGUGCAGUUACCAGGGCCUACAAUCGCUGGAUUGAGGAUUUGACUUCAUUACCAGAAUACCAAGCCUGUCUCCAAACCGAGAGGGAGAAAUGGGAAGAACUACAAGAAAAAUGCACAGAACGACAGGUAUCCCAGGCCCUGAGGGAGGCAGAGGAGCAGUGGCAUAGGACGCACAGGAAUCAGCUGGAGGAACAGAGCUCUGGAACGCAGAGGGUGGAGGAGCUCCAAGAGGAGGUGGCAGCUCUCCAGAGUCAGCUGGAGCAAGGCAGGAGAGAGCACGCUGCCCUCCUGAAGGCUGAGCUGGCUGGAGCUAGAGCAGCCUGGAAUCGAGACAAACAACAGGAGAUCUCUGUCAUCCAGGUCCGCAGCGAGCAGGCGUACCAAAGCAAGCUGCAAGAGCAGCGCAAAAAUCUGGAGCAGGCUUUGCAGCAGGUCAGAGAGGAUGCUGGUCUCCAUAAGAAGGAGCUGCUCCUGCAGAUGGAGGCCAAGCUACAGCAGACUCUGACGGCCCGAGAGGAGGAAUGGAGAUGUCAGCGUGCAGAGACGGAGCAGUCCCAGAAAAAGCAGAUGAGAGAUGAAUUCCUAGCAGAGCUUCAGACUCAUCUGGCAGAGGUCCAGGCACAACUUCUCAGGGAUCCCAAAACAAAUCAGCAGGGCACUGAAGACACCAGGAGGACCAGCGGGGCCACAUCAGAGGGACCAAUAGCACACAUCAUUCAAACAUCCUGCAAAGACGUAGUCAACAGAGCAGUAUCUCAAGCCAAGAAGGAAUGGGAGAGGAUAAGUGAGGAGAGACUGAGCCGUGUGUUAAAAGAAACACAGGAGCAGCAUGAGAGAGAAAUCGACAAAAUGCAAAGCUCUUUGUCCCAGAAGAAGGAGCAGGCUCGCUGCAGGAAGGAGUGUGCUGAGACUUUAGGUAAGCUGCAGAAGAAGAACAAGGAGCUCCACAGACACUUAGAGAAAGCCUGUCGUCAACUCCAGCACAGUGUUCGUGAGCACAAAACUGCCUUGCAGCAUCUGAAAGAUGAGCAUGAAAGCAGCUUACAAAAGGCAAAGGAGGGACAUCUGCAGCAGCUGGAGGAGGCGAAGAGAGCCAAAGAAUCCUCAGGGAGUUCUAAUCACCAACAAAAUGCUCAUCAAGGCCUCGAGGAGAUGAAGCAGCAAUACUUGAUGACUGUAGAAAAGAUCAGAGGAGACAUGCUGCGUUACCUCAAGGAAAGUCGGGAGCGAGCAGCAGAGAUGAUCAGCAUGGAGGUGCAGAGGGAGAGGCAGGACACUGCCAGAAAGAUGCGGCACUAUUAUCUGACCUGUCUGCAGGAGUUACUGGAGGACGGAGGAAAGACUUCAGGGGCUGAAAAGAAAAUAAUGAAUGCUGCAAGCAAGCUGGCAGCCAUGGCUAAAGUUCUGGAGACGCCUUUCAAAAGUAAAUCAGGAAAGAACAACGGUUUACAAAGCUGUUUGACGGCUGUGUCCACAGGUAGAAACGCAGGUUUCAGUAAGAACCCACCAACACUAACUGAGCUUCCUGACAUGAGGCCAGGGGAGAGAUCCCACAGGGAAAAGACUUCUGCUGAUUCAGAGCAGAAACAAGCUGCUGCAGCGAGGACUAAACCUUUGAGUCACCAGGACAUUUCUGCUUCUGGGAAGGAGGAGGCCUCCGUACAUGCAGUGCUGAAACCCCAAACUAAUGCUCACACUCCCCUCCUCUUUUACAAAUCUUCUCAACAGAUGGCUUCUCCAUCCCAGGUGGAUUUAGUUAACGUGUCUGUGAGAAGUAAAAGCAGGGAGCUGUACCUGCAGGGGGUUGACUCCAGCAACGCAGACAACCGCCUCGACUCAGAGCGACAAAGUAAACCGUUCCUCAUCCAGGAGGCUCCUGUCAGAGACGAGAGAAGGACCGACUGGAGCAUGAGCAGUAGUGACUCGGACACAGGCUUCCAGGUUUCAGGACUCUCGUACUCGGGGAGGAAACUGGAGCCAGUGAAGCCCUUUUCUGUCUCUGCUGCAUCAGCCAGUGACUCGGGAGAGUUUGGCGGCCUCACCCCAGAUGUUUCUGACCUGACUGUCUAUAAUGAAAUUGCCAAAAAGACACCUCACACCCAGACCUUGAACUUUCAGCAUGCAAAAAGAAGUACACACAGAGAGCCCACCCCAGGCUCUGAGGCUGAGAAGCAGCAUGGAGUUUGUUCCAGGCCUCUGUUCUCUGAGUUGAGACAGCGCCAGCAGGACAGCGGCUUUGACAGUCCAUUCUACCAACAUAAAUGAGAAAGGGAAGGGCAGGUAUGACGUGAAGUAGGGAGACGAGCUUGAAGAUGUCAGUUAUCUUACCAAAUGGUGCCUUUUUUCAUACAGUGUAUACAGUUUACAUGAUGGAGAACCUUUGCCUUUGUGGCUGCUUUCAGUGAUUGUAUGUUGCAUUAACAUUGUUAAAAGAAUACUUGACAUAUUGGGAAAUUCAUUUGCUUUAUUGCCGAGUUAGAUAAGAUUGAUACCGCUGUCACGUCUGUACGCUAAGUAUGAAGCUAGCUUAGCUUAGCAUAAUAACUGAAUACAGGGAACCAACUAGCCUGGCUCUGUCCAACGGUAACAAAAUCCACCUCCCAGCAGCUCUAAAACUCAAUAUUGAACUAAUUGUAUCUCAAAAUUUAGACAAAUGAGAUUCAACUUGUUAAUGAGUGAACUAUAGAGGUGAUGGGAGGUGGAUUUUGUUACCUUUGGACAGCACCAGGCUAGCUGUUUCCAGCCUUUAUGUUAAGCUAAGCUAACCGGCGGCUGGUGGUAGCUGUAUUUCCCAAAACUGACCAACUAUUGCUUUAAUUCGUAGUGUUUUCCAGUAUAAAAGGUUCCAUUUCGUGCCUUCCUGUUGUGGUCUAGAUGUCUUCUGAGGCCAUUUAUUUUGGCCUUUUAUUGAUAACUUUUGAACAUUUCAGUCUAUAGCUUUAAAAAUGCAGCUGCAUGUCUUAGUUCUAAAUCUCCAACAAAUGGUUUACUUCAGUAAUAAAUAAGUAAACAGCUGUACUUCUUGUCAGCAAGGUGCAUUGACUUUGAGGUGUUAAUGGUGAGUUCAUAGAGAGAUUUCACUUCAAACUAAAAUCUUUCUUUUAUGCAUGAAUAUCUCGGUGUCAGCUCAUGAAAACUAAUGUCCAAGAAUGUUCAGGUUUUUAUUCUGCAGCUGUGCGCUUGCUUGGAAGUGAUUCUUACAUCCCAAAUAAGUGCACCCGUUAAAAAAUGUUUAUAGGUCAAAGGUCGUAGCUCUGCCCACACUGUUGAACUUGUGAGUUCAUUGGCCGAUACUGCAGCUUGCUGUGCCCUGGCCUGUACCUACCUACCACAGAACACUGGGUCAGGGACAGCUUUAUAAGCUCAUGUCACUCUGUUUUGUUUUCUCCCUCUGUCAGAUUUAGAUUCUAGUGUCUGUGUUUUGUUUUUUUUAUAUUUUAAAAUAUUUUAUAUCACAUUAAUGAGAUAUGCUGUGCAUAGAUUGUGUUGUUUUUUUAUAUAUUGAUUAAAAUCAUUUUUAAUAAAUCUUAUUUAUCUCA